UGAGAAAUGGAUCUGUUUACGCCGAGGUGCUAAUGACCUCGAACAUGGCGUCCACAGGUUGCAUUAUGUCACCGUGAUGCCUGUUAAAGUAUCAGACUUCAUGAAGACAUUAGCAUUUAUCUUCAGUCCCCGGUACUGACCACUGUUAUGAUCCUUCACCACGCCCCAGACUUUCCAGUGGUCCGGCCGUGGAACGCAGUUUAGACAGUAACCCAAGCCAGAACAAACUGUGGAGCUAAAAAUAUCAACAGUCCGGCUGGCGGCUGCUGCGGGAUCGAGACGGGGCAUGGGAGGGUCUUUACAUGGGGGUUAGACGAGCUUGGCAGAGGGGUAAAGGGAUGGACAGCUGAGGGUAAAGAGCUAGAACAGAGAGAGAAAAGACGACUAAAAACAGCAGCGACGACAACUUUUGAGGGUAGAACGAUGAAUCCAACCCUGUGUGGAUGCUGAAUUCAAGAAGAAAGAGCCAGAACACCCAGAACUUUGUGUUUCUCUGCUUGUUAUUUCACUCACUCGUCCCCGGACGUGAUGAGCUUUGCCCUUGGCUUCAAGCCUCCCUCAUCAGCAGGCAGUUCUGGUCCCGGUGCCGGUGGAGGAGCGACCAUGGAGAACCUGGAGAAGCAGCUGAUCUGCCCGGUCUGCCUGGAGAUGUUCUCCAAACCCGUGGUCAUCCUGCCCUGCCAGCACAACCUCUGCCGCAAGUGUGCCAACGACAUCUUCCAGUCAGCUAACCCUGUGUGGCAGUCCCGAGGCUCCUCCAGCAUGGCUGUCAGCGGCAGCCGGUUUCGAUGUCCGUCGUGUCGCCACGAGGUCGUGCUGGACCGCCAUGGAGUCUACGGCCUGCAGAGGAACCUGCUGGUGGAGAACAUCAUCGACCUCUACAGGCAGCAGGAGUCCUCCAGGCUCGUGGACGUGGAGCCGGAGCAGCAGCAUCUGAUGUGUGAAGAACACGAAGAGGAGAAGAUCAACAUCUACUGUCUGUCCUGCCAGACGCCGACCUGCUCCAUGUGCAAAGUGUUCGGAAAACACAAAGACUGCGACGUCGCCCCGCUCGGCAGCGUCUACACGAGACAGAAGACAGAGCUGAGCGACGGCAUCGCCAACCUGGUCGCCAGUAACGACCACAUCCAGGCAGUCAUCUCUCAGAUGGAAGAAAUCUGUCGCAUCAUAGAGGAGAACGGUCAGCGUCAGAGAGAGCGACUGGCCGACCGCUUUGACGGCCUGGUGUCCAUCCUGGAGGAGCGGAAGCAGAAGCUGGUGGGGCUCAUCGCCAAGCAACAGGACGAGAAACUCAAACGCGUUCGCUCUCUCAUCCGUCGGCACGGUGACGACCUGGAGGUGGCGGUGACGCUGGUGGAGACGGCCAUCCGGUCGAUGGAAGAGCCACACAUGGCUCUGUUCAUACAGAGCGCCAACGUCAUACUGGAGAAGAUGGCGGCGACAGCCCGGCCGUCUAACAUGGAGCUUCCAGAGCUCGGUUAUGAGCGCAUGAGCCACUUUGUCAUCGACACCGACGACCUCGCUGUCAUGCUGAUGAACAUUGACUUCUGCCCCGGUGUGGGAGAUGAUGGAGAAGACGAUCCUGAAGAAGGUGGAGAAGAGUCUGAACUUGAGUUCUGCUCCAGAUAUUAAAACCAAAACAGGUCCCUGCUGCAGUCCCGAGCAAACGUAAAAGAGAUGGAGAUGGUUUAACGUAAUCCUCUGGAAGAAAUCCACACAGUGUUCAACCACGAUGAACGUGGAACAACAAAGACCCCCCAUAAAUGAAAAUCAUACCUGCAUAUACGUUCUCCUGUGUUUCCAGAUGCAGGAAGACUGACUUGGCUGGAUUUUUGCCUCCCACAUUGUUCAAUAAGAAAGCCGGUGUUUAUUGUGUGUAAAUAUAUCUCUCUAUGUAAAGCUCACAGGAAACCGUACACAGUGGAUUUACCUCUGCGUUCUCUGUUGUGGGAGGGGAAAUGAAAAGAUUUCGUUCAUGUGUCGUCAGGAUUUAAAACCCAUUUAUAGCCUCCUGUCACAAUACUCUAAAGGAAACAGUUUUAUAAGUCUUUUCACAUGUUGUGUGGAUUUAAAAAUGGUUUCUUUGAGAGUAGAGUCAUUUUGUAACGGGGCAGGUUUGAAGCUCAGAGCUGUCCUUGAACUUUUAUAUUUCAAACAGGAUGAUGUAAAACUGAAAACGUGGGCAGAUAAGCUCUUUACCGCAGGUAGUCCUGCGAAUGGAUUUCUCGAAAGCCGCUUGAUGGAUUUCGUGUUGUUGUGUACGUUUGAGCAGAAAACACGAUGUAUUACAUAUGAACAUUUUCUAACCAGCCACUGCUAUAAAGUUUGGGCGCCGAACUGAUUUUCUGACUGUUUUUCUCAACAACAACAAUUAUUUUAUCAUUCAUCUGUGUCAAAAUUUGGACUUUUUUUUCCUCAGAAUUCUGACG